GCGCCUGGUCACACUACUUGCUCCAUGUUCCACGUCAAGCGCCGGAAAAAAACACGACUUGCAUUUAUUUAAUUUCUCUGGCGACUUGGCGAAUAUAUUGCAUCUAAGAUGGUGAGCCUGCUGCAGGAAAUCGACACCGAGCACGAGGACAUGGUCCACCAUGCGGCGCUGGACUUCUAUGGGCUGCUGCUGGCCACUUGCUCCUCUGAUGGCAGCGUCCGCAUCUUCCACUCCCGUAAGAACAACAAGGCGCUGGCUGAGCUCAAGGGCCACCAGGGUCCCGUGUGGCAGGUGGCAUGGGCGCACCCAAAGUUCGGCAACAUCCUAGCUUCUUGCUCCUACGAUCGCAAGGUGAUCGUCUGGAAAUCGACGACGCCCCGGGACUGGAGUAAACUUUAUGAAUACAGCAACCACGACUCUUCAGUGAACUCUGUGGAUUUCGCCCCCUCCGAAUAUGGAUUAGUUCUGGCCUGCGCCAGCUCCGAUGGCUCGAUUUCGGUGCUAACCUGCAACACGGAAUAUGGCUCUUGGGAUGCCAAGAAGAUACCAAAUGCUCACACUAUUGGUGUGAAUGCUAUUUCAUGGUGCCCGGCUCAAGCGCCGGAUCCAGCUUUCGACCAGCGCGUCACAUCCCGAUCGACGGCCGUUAAGCGUUUAGUAAGCGGCGGAUGCGAUAAUCUCGUUAAGGUCUGGCGUGAAGACAACGAUCGCUGGGUGGAGGAACAGCGUCUUGAGGCGCAUUCUGAUUGGGUGCGCGACGUGGCCUGGGCGCCGUCGAUCGGCUUGCCCCGCUCGCAGAUUGCCACGGCCUCCCAGGAUCGGCACGUGAUCGUUUGGACCAGCAACGCAGAUCUGACACAGUGGUCUUACAGUGUCCUGCACACAUUCGACGACGCCGUGUGGAGCAUUUCCUGGUCCACCACCGGAAAUAUUCUGGCCGUUACCGGUGGCGAUAACAAUGUCACACUGUGGAAGGAGAAUACCGAGGGCCAGUGGAUCAGAAUCAACUACGAAUCGGGCACUGCCAUCCAGUCGAAGCAGCCGUCGUCGCACCUUCCCCAUUCCCAGCACUCCCAGCAGCAGCAGCCGCCAGCACAACAGCAGCUUCAGCAGGCGCCCUCGCAUCCGGGUCCGUCCUCCGACUCGGAGCACAGCUCCAACCUGUCCAACUCUAACCUGUCGAACUCGCAGCUAUCAAACUGAACUGAAACCCCUUCAAUUAUCGUGCUAGUGUUGUGGUCAUAUGUUAUCCUUCGCAAAUACAAUAUAUAAUAUACGCAUUAAAGUUCCCCCUCUGAAA